AAUAUUCAACGUAUAAAGAUCCAAAGUCAUGACAGUUAACGGUUGUCUCUCUUCCGCCACUCACAUUUUUGGCGGGAACUUCUCCUUUGUAGAUUUGCAAUCUUCAGUACCCACCCACCAACCACCAUGAGCAGAUUCAACGGCGAUUGGUACUCGCCUACUCGCCUCCACGACAGCCCCACCCAGUACCAUUUUCCGGGUGAUAGGUUUAUUCCUAAUAGAAGUUUGAUGGAUCUUGAUCAAGCCCACACUUUACUGACAUCCAGGACAAGAGAAGUUUGCAAUUCCACAUUCGGCCAGGAUGAAUACAGGCGGAAGUUGGAGGAGAAUCUGUUUUUUGAUUCGGAGGGGAGACCAUUUAGGAUGUUGGUCUUCAGAGGAAGCCCCAAAAGUAGUAAGAAAUCAAUUCGUUUUCUUGAUGAGAUGCAGCAGCAGGAUGAGGCAGAGGCACUGCAUAAUAAAAACAUAAAGCAAUUUCAGUAUCGACAUUUGCCUAAGAAAGAAUCUAGGGUCCUGGAUGCACCAAGAAUCAAUGAUGACUACUACUUGAACAUCAUGGAUUGGGGAAAAAGAAACAUUCUGGCUAUUGCUUUGGGCUCAGACUUGUACCUAUGGAAUGCUGAGACAGGACACAGUCAAAAAUUGAUGCAAGUAGAUGAUCAAGAGGAUUACCCUACAAGUAUAGCUUGGUGUGAGGAUGGCAGAAGGGUUGCAGUAGGGCAUUUGAGCUCAAAACUUCAGCUCUGGGAUGCUGAGACUUUCAAGCUCAUUAGAAGCCUGGAAGGACAUGAUGACAGGGUAGGUAUUGCCGCAUGGAAUGGUCAAAUUCUAACAUCUGGAAGCCGAGACAAAUCCAUUAUCAAUCAUGAUGUAAGAGCAAGAAACAGUUUGACUUGCCGUGUACAAAUACACAGCCAAGAAGUUUGUGGAUUGAAAUGGUCAAUCACAGGAAACAAAUUGGCAAGUGGUGGCAAUGAAAACCUCAUCUACAUUUGGGAAGCUUCCAAGAUGUGCUCAUCCAAUUUCUUGCACCGGUUCAGUGGUCAUCAAGCUGCAGUCAAGGCCCUUGCCUGGUGCCCAUAUCAGUCUGAUGUACUUGCCUCUGGAGGAGGCACAUUGGACGGAUGUAUCAAGAUAUGGAACAUACAAAAGGGGACAUGCAUCAACAGCAUACGUGCUAAUGCACAGAUUUGUGGAUUGGAAUGGAACAGGCAUCAUAAGGAGAUAUUGAGUGGUCAUGGCUUCAGUGCAACUGGGCAUCAAAAUGAGCUAUGUCUGUGGAAGUAUCCCUCCAUGUCCAAACUAGGAGAGCUCAAGUGCCACUCAUCCAGAGUCCUUCACCUCUCCCAGAGCCCAGAUGGAUCAACUGUGGUAUCAGCUGGUGCAGAUGAGACUCUUCGCUUUUGGGAGGUUUUUGGACCACCUGUGACAGACAGUUCAAGGGUUUCGGAUCUGGACAGCCUCCUGUCUUUUAAGAGAUCCCUCAUAAGAUGACAGCAAGUGUAACAAAUGGCUUCUGCAAUUUCGUUUACUUCUAUGUCUCUAGUUUCCCAGUCAUGUAAGUCUGUGAUCUGCCUUCAUGGAUUCUAUCUACCAGGGUUUCCAGGGAGGGAAGAGAGAGAAACAGAUGUUAAAGGGGAAAACUCUCAAGUGGUUUGAUGGGGGUGAUAUCUGAAGAAUAGUAUAUAUAGAAAUUCAUCA